AUGAUGGAUUGGUUUCUCAAAGACGGGGGUAUUUACACCUAUGACGGGACAGAACGCUUUCUGCCCCCUAGACAUGUUAAAUAUUUGCGCCAUACUGGCGUACCAAACAUCAACGAAUUGGUCACAUACGCCACAAUCCUGCACACACUUGACCUGGGUAGAGCCGACCCUAACCCGAUUGGAACCGGGCUAACAAAUGUCGACGCCCUAGCCGCGUGCACUAGCUUGCACACACUCUCCCUGGACGGUACCACGGUGACAAACGUCGACGCCCUAACUGCGUGCACUAACUUGCACACACUUAACCUGGGUAGAACCCGGGUUAUAAAUGUUGACACCCUAGCCGCGUGCCCUAGCUUGCACACACUCAACCUGCACUCGACCAGGGUGACAAACGUCGACGCCCUAGCCGCGUGCACUAGCUUGCACACACUCGUGCUGGACUAUACCAAGGUAACGAACGUCGACGCCCUAGCCGCGUGCACUAGCUUGCACACACUCGUGCUGGACUAUACCAAGGUAACGAACGUCGACGCCCUGGCUGCGUGCACUAGCUUGCACACCCUCAGUCUGGACUAUACCCAGGUAAGGAACCUUAAUGCCCUGGUCGCAUGCACUAGCUUGCACACCCUCAGUCUGUGUGGUACCAAGGUGAAAACCCUGGUCGCGGGCACUAGCUUGCACACUGUCUACCUGGACUUUGCAAAGGUUAAAUUCCAAGGUCCGCGAUUUCUCUCAGCCUGUACCAUUCAUUCGGAUCUCGAUGAGCUCAACUUUUAG